GGUGUGCUGUGUCCCUCAGACACAGCGGAUCACCGAUCAAUGGAAAGAGCUGAAGAUGUCGGCUCGGUCAUGUGAUCAGCUGUGUCCAAUCACAACUGAUCACAUCUGUGACGCUGACAGCUGGAGAGCAGAGCCGAUAAUCGGCAUCCCUCAGAGGGGAGCCCCAGCAGUGCCACCUGUCAGUGUUCAUCAGUGCCAGCUAUCAGUGCUCAUCCAUGCCACCUGCCAGUGCCCAUCAGUGCCACAUCAAUGCCACAUUUCAGUGCCUCCCCAGUGCACAUCAAUGCCACAUAUCAGUGCCCAUCUAAGCUGCCUUUCGGUGUCACCCAUCAGUGCCGCCUAUCAGUGCCAGUCAGUGCCGCCUAUCAGUGCCAGUCAGUGCUGCCUAUCAGUGCUGCCUUUCAGUGCCCAUCAGUGCUGCCUGUCAAUGCCCAUCAGUGCCACCUACCAGUGCCUCCUCGUCAGU